AUGAAUUUCCCAACAUUUAUCCUGAUACUAACUGUCAGCUGUUCUCUGAUAUGUGCAGGAUUUCUUCUCAAUGCAUUUAUUGUGAUACAAUCCUUCAUUUGGUGGCUGAAGGGAAAAACUCUUCAAACAGCUGACAUUAUUAUGACCAGCCUGGGAGUGGUGAGGAUUGUUCUUCUAACUGCAUUCCUUAGGAUUACCAUUGAGGCAAUUGCUGCUCAUUCCGUCCUUCCAAACAAGAAUACUUCAGCAGUUUAUAUGACUGGAAUGAUGUCAGUGGCGUUCUGCAGCCUGUGGUGGGGCACCGUGCUCUGCGUCUUCUACUGCGUGAAGAUCACAAGCUACAGCAACAGAUUAUUCAUGAGACUUAAGAUGAACAUCUCCAGGAUGGUCCCCUGGGUGCUCCUGACAUCACUGCUGGUGUCUUUUCUCUCCAGUCUGCCCAACAUAUGGUGCAUGUACCCAGGACGUUACAUGAAUUCUACCCAGGACAGUUACAGCUCUAGCAUUGGGAAUGGAACUGUGGAGGCCAAUUAUGUGAAUGUGUUCAUCGUCUUCCUCUCAGGAUCCAUCGCACCAUUCCUCAUAUUCUGCGCAGGCAUUUGUCUACUGAUUGCGUCACUCCUAAAACACACCCGGAAUAUGAGCAGCAAAGAUUCGGGGUUCACUAAUACCCAACUAGACGUUCAUAUUAGUGUAAUUAGAAAUAUGGUCUCUUUUCUGUUAUUUUAUGCUCUGUAUUUUAUAACUGGGAACGUUAUGUUUCUGAAUUACACAGAACAUCCAUCCUAUGUUCUAAUCUGCAGUACGUGUGCCUCUGCCUACCCAAGCCUGCACUCUAUCAUGCUAAUAGCCAGCAAUGCCAAACUGAAGCGCUCUCUCCUGGCUGCUCUGCUCUGUGCAGUAACCAGUAACCCAAAUGACCAAAUGCCAUAA